GUGGUUUCUCCCUCCUCCCCGCAGCGGGUGCUUGAUGGUCUCGCCUCUCCGCGUCUCACUGUGCUGUGGCGCUCGAGCAGCUGCCACUGUGGGUAAGUCAGUGGCACCAGCGGGAAGUGCUGGACGAGCCCACUGCGCGGCCGCCGUGGGGGGAAGCGCGGGUUCCCAAUUCAACCUCCUAAGUGAAGGUUUUCGUCCCAGGGGAGGAGGCGGCGCCCAGGAUUGGCCUUAGUCCUUACCUCGAGAACUGCGGAGUCAAGAUGAGCGAAGAAGAGAACCCAGCCAGCAAGCCCACGCCGGUGCAGGACGUGCAGGGCGACGGGCGCUGGAUGUCCCUGCACCAUCGAUUCGUGGCAGACAGUAAGGAUAAGGAACCUGAAGUCGUCUUUAUCGGGGACUCCUCAGUUCAGUUAAUGCACCAGUGCGAGAUCUGGCGGGAGCUCUUCUCUCCUCUGCAUGCCCUUAACUUUGGCAUUGGUGGUGACAGCACACAGCAUGUACUGUGGCGGCUGGAGAAUGGAGAGCUGGAACAUAUCCGGCCCAAAAUUGUGGUGGUCUGGGUGGGCACCAACAACCAUGGACACACAGCAGAGCAGGUGGCUGGUGGCAUCAAGGCCAUUGUGGAACUGGUGAACAAGCGGCAGCCUCAGGCCCGGGUCGUGGUGUUGGGCCUGCUUCCAAGGGGCCAGCAUCCUAACUCACUUCGGGAGAAGAACCAACAGGUCAAUGAGCUAAUUCGGGCAGCAUUGGCUGGCCACCCUCGGGCACACUUCCUGGACGCUGACCCUGGCUUCGUACACUCAGAUGGCACCAUAAGCCACCAUGAUAUGUAUGAUUACCUGCAUCUGAGCCGCCUGGGCUACACACCUGUCUGCCGGUCCCUGCACUCCCUGCUUCUGCGUCUGCUGGCCCAAGACCAGGGCCAAGGUGUUUCCCUUCCAGAGCCCACACCCUAAGCAUUUUACCUUCCUACAUUAAAUUCUCCUUCCACAG